UUGUCAACAAACGUUCGCCAAAAAUCAAAAUAAUUUAUUUUUGGUUUGCACGCGCUAUGUCUAAAAGAAAGGUACACUUCGAUGAGCCCGAAAAGGUUCUUGAAAAUGAAAAACCGAGACGGUUUAAAGAAAAGCAUUCGCUUGACAGUGAUGAAGAAGAUGAACAGAUAGAAGAGAAAUUGGACGACGAUGAUUUCGAAGGACAAGAGGAAGGGACUGUUGACUAUGAUGCAGGAAUAAAAAUCACCCCUUUCAACAUGACAGAGGAAUUAGAAGAGGGACACUUUGACAAAGAUGGCAUGUAUAUCUUUGAAAAAGACAAGGAUGCUAUCCGAGACGAGUGGAUGGACAAUAUAGACUGGGAGAAAAUUAAGGAGAAGGAUGGGCCGGGGGCAGGGCCUCAACAGAUGGAACAGGAUUCUGACAGCGAAGAGGUCAACAUUCAGGAAAUAUACAAAAAGAUGCUUGAUUAUAUGAAAGAGGGAGAGACAGUAGCCAGAGCCUUGAAACGUCUUGGAGGCGCAAUGAAACAGAUGUCAGCCAGCCAGAGGUGGAAAAACAAGAAACAAAAAACGGAGGAGACGGAAGAGGAUAAAAAAGCUGCCAAGGACAAAGAACUGUUUCUAGAACUGACUGGUUUUGCCGAUCAAAUUAUGUCCAGUGGCAAUAUGGAGGUAUAUGAAAUGACUCAUGAGAAAAUCAGCUACGAAUUGAAUAAAAUAGAUAAGAAAAUGGACACGGAUGGUGCAAGUGCAAGAUUGAAGAUUCUCGAAGGAGCAGAUGAUGAUGAUGAUGCCCUUGAUAUGUUUGCAGAUGAAAUUGACAAGAAUGAGACUGAAAAGAUUGGCAAGGAUUUUAAAGCUGCUGAUGACAGUGGUGCAGGGGAUGGAACUAAAACAGAAUCUAAGGCUAACGAAGAAGAGGAAGAUUCUAAUGCAGUAAAAUGGGAGUAUAUGUGGGAAGACAAAGACACUGAGGAAAUCCAUGGACCUUUCACCAGCUCUCAGAUGCUUGACUGGGCAGAAGAGGGAUUCUUUAAGAGCGGGGUCUAUUGCCGCAAAGUGGGGACCCCUGGACAGUUUUACUCUUCAAAGAGGAUUGACUUUGAUCUUUAUACUUGAUUUUGAUCCAAAUAGUGUUGUGGUCAGCCAUUGGUUUGACAUUGUUUUCAGGGUGCAUUAUACAUAGACAUCUGAUCAAAUAGUAUCAUGUAAUGAAGUAUAUUAUGUCAUUGUUUUAUUAAAAUUGGUAUACAUGUACUUAAUUUUUAGCUUUCAAUAUCUGUAACUAGACAAAAAAUGGUGUGGUCCUUUGCAUUCUUUGGUGUAAAAAUAAUCUUGCAAAUUGUACAGCUGAUUAUUCCUCUUGCUGCACCAUUUGUUUGACUCAAGUUAUGGCCCUAUUAAAGUCAUUUCCCUUUGUUACUUUUUCUUGCCUGACAAUAACUUAAAAGUGGCUGGAUGGAUUCUAAUAAAACUUCCUACAAUGGUAAAGCACAAUUGAGAGGAAGUGCAGUAUACUAGGCCCAUAACUCUUCUUCAGCUUAUAACAGAGUUAUUGCCCUUUGUUACUUUCCCUUACCCGAAUCAUUUUUUGAAAUGUAUUUGAUGGAAUUUAAUUAACUUUCAUACAAUGGUGUAGUACAAUGCCAGGAAGUGCAGUGUGAAAGAACCUAAACUCUAUUUCAGCAAAUUAGAGUAAUUGCCCUUUGAUACUUGUUCUUGCCACAUCAUGACUAGAUAACUAGUGGAUGGAAUCUAAUCUUAACUUCUUACAAUGGUGAAGCACAUUGACUGGAAGUGCAGAUUACAUGAACUAAAACUCUAUUUUAGCUAGUUUACAGGGCUAUUGCCCUUCAAGGCUUUUUUGUCCGUAGUUUAACUUGAAAACUGCUUGAUGGAAUUUAAUUUAAUUUCAUACAAUGGUAAAGCACAAUGAGAGGGAAUGCAGUGUACAAGAACCAUAACUGUAUCAUUUUAGAGGGGAUUUCAUAAUAUUUCACUGCCAUUUCCUAUGGGGACAUAUUUAUGACAUUUAGUGAUAGCUCUGGUUGAUUGUCAAGUACAGGAUGUGGUUGAUUGCCAAGUACAGAAUGAGUAUUGGCAUCUGCAUUUGGUAAUCUUCUUUUAGUAAUCAAUUGGCUGAAAGCUUAUAACCCAUAUUGUGUCUCUGAUACCUUCAUUAUAAAAGGCAGCAUAUACAUUUCAUUAUUUAUUGAUGAUGGCAUUUACAUUUGCAGAGUGUGAUAUUAUACUAUCAUACAUAAUUCAAAUAUUGAAGAGAACUUACCGUGUACAUGUACAUGUUUGUUGAUAGAAAAAUGAAUUGCGCUAUAUAUAGAUAUCAUUUACAAAAAUAAAUACUUUCAUACUAGUGUUUUGAAUUUAAAAGCAGAUGGUUGAUGCUAAAACAUUUAACAAGAAAGAGGGGAAACUGGACUUUACUACAGCUGUCUUUGUAGUCUUUAAACCAUUAUUGUAGAUUCAGCAUCAGUAUUGCCAUAUGCCCACAGGACAGUCUGGAAAUAACACAACACAUAAGCUUCCUGUGCCAAGGUAUAUGAAAUAUGAUUCACCACUAUUGACGUAACAGAGCUGUCCAGUCAAAUGCAGUAUUGGUUGUUAUUUAUAACUAUAAGAAU